ACAUCAAGAUAGGAGAUCAUGCAUUUGAUAUCCAAGCAUCAGACCCUGAAGGUGACGCAAUGACUUACAGAAUCUCUGGAACUGAUGCUGCAGUAUUUGAAGUCACUCCUGAAACUGGCAGAGUAACAAUGAAAGGUUCCCUUGAUAGAGAGAAUAAAAGAAGUUUGGCAUUUACGGCCCAUGUCUCUGACGGCCAUAAUGAAGGAAAGGGGUCAAUGAAUAUAAUAGUAUUAGACGUCAAUGACGAACGCCCUGAGUUUCUAGAUCCUUCCUAUGACAAGUCAGUCCCAGAGAAUACGCCCACAGGUGAAUUGUUGUUCAAAGUGUCUGCCACGGAUGAUGAUGAAGGAGAUGCUGGUGCUGUUAGAUACAAAAUUGAUGACGUAACGCCCAAACAUGGAUUUGAAAUGUUUUCAAUUGGUCAAUUUAACGGUGAAGUGAAACUAACAGGACGUCUUAAUUACACCUCACUGAGCACAUUUUACCGUCUUAAGAUUAACGCAAGUGAUGGUGGUGGCUCAUGUGGUUCAGGCCCAUUCGCCGUUCAGUCAAACAGUGUUUUCUCCUACAUUACAGUCGAAGACGUUGCAGACCUUGACCCACUUUUCAUUAACACUCCCUAUACACAGAGCGUUGAAGAGAAUUCAGCUGUGGACAUUUCUGUAUUUAAAGUGAGUGCCAUAGAUCAGGACAAAGGAAUCAAUGAUGAUAUGAUCUACACUAUUGAAGAUUCCAAACCACCUGGCUUAUUUAAAAUGUCACAGAAUGAUGGAGUCAUAUCUGUAUCAUCAGUGAUUGACAGAGAAGUUACUGGUGACACUGUAACCCUCACAUUGAAG